GGACACCUUUUCCGCGGAGCUAGAUAUCCAUUGCAAAUAUGUCUGGGUCUGGAAGGGUGCAUGUUUGUCAUGCUUGUCUGGCAUGCCUCUUAACUCUGUCAUGCAUGAGUAGGAAAUGCACCUCUUGCCUGUCAUGCAAAAACGCAAUUUACCAUGCGGGAUACGCAACACAUAGCGGCUCAAAAAUUUGUCAUGCGUGGCUGCAUAUUCAAGAGCGUCCAGCAAUCGUAGACUUGCAACACAACUUCGCAGACCCAGACAUAUUUGCAAUGCAUACUAGACCGACGGAUCCAAACCGGGCGGUACAGCGUUUCCGAAAUCAACUUUUUCAGCCCGGGGAUGGGGAAGUUAAACACUGCAAGCGCAGCUGCGGUGAAGAAUAAGAGUUCUGGUACUUUAUCCGGGUUCAUCACUUCUUCGCCGAGAACCAGCAACAUUAAAGGACACCAGGUUCCGGACGAAAGUGACGAUGAGGACAGGAGCGCAACCUCUUUUUUCUCUGCCUUGAACAAAACCCGCCCAUUUGCGGAGGUUAAGAGCAGUUCUUCUCCUACUAUGCUUUGCAAAUAUGUCUGGGUCUGGAAGGAUGCAAGGUUUGUCAUGCUUAUCUGGCGUGACUGAAGGGCUUGUGAUGCGUGUCCAAGAAGAGACUCCUUUGCUUGUCAUGCAAAGACGCAGUUUGUCAUGCGGAAAGCGCAACACUAAGCAGCGCAGAUAUUUCUCAUGCUUGGCUGUGCAUUACAGGGCAUUCACUAUUCCCAACCCAGCAUUACAAGUUUCCAGACCCAGACAUAUUUGCAUUUGAUACCUACCCCAGCACUACCAUUAUCUUCCUCCGCGAAAAAGCUACGUCCGGGCUACUGGACCGCGGAUCCGGAUUUCAACCCCUUGGCGCACUUUCGUGCGCUAUCGCAAGAAAAAACUGUUUCACUGUGAACUUGUGAUGCAGAGAACCAAGCACCAAGGUGUUUGUCUUGCUACACCUGCAAGACAUUGGAUUUUGAAGCGUGUUGUCCCUUGGGAAGCGCGCAUGGCAAGUUUUUCGCGUCAUGUGUAGCGAACUUGUGAUGCAGAUAUUGCAAAAUCAUCACAGUGAAACAGUUUUUUCGUGGGAUAUGCACCCCCGGUGGUCUCGAGGGAUUUCCGGUCGCAGCAACUACUCGCAGAUCCAAGGAUCGAUUUGGGAGUUUAAAAGGGGCGAGGUGGUGGAGAAAUUUUUUUUGGCAGGAAUUCAAAAGUCCAGCUAGAUUUCUUGCACUGUAUAUAUGAAAUUAUGAUAAGCAAUGGUAUGAAUGAUUUCGAUUUUCACAAGCAAACGUCGACCCGAAAUGAGUAAAUUGAGUCCACCGGAGUUUUUGUCAGUAUGAAUUAAUUCAUGAAAAGCAAGGUAGGAUUAGGAAAUCAAAUGCAUAAAAAAUUUAGGAAAAAAUGUACAAGAGCGAUAAGUUCUGUUGGCGUUUACUUCAGGAUCAUGUACAACAUGUGGCUUCACCUCGGCCUUGUAGGAUAAAACUAUUAAAUUAUCAAUUUAAUACAAUACGCCUCAACCAGCACGGAGGGCGCAAGGCCCGAAGUGUAGAAGAGAAUUAUCUCAACGUUUGAUCAUCUACAUCUUAAGUACACAUGAGCAAGCAACAACAAUUUCUACCAGCGCGACAAGCCUGUUGACGACAAUCUGUAAUCGAUUCCAGAGCUUUAUUUUGGAAGAUUUGAUGAAAGUGUAAAACUAAAAAC